AUGUUUUUGCUCAAACACCGGUACAAUCACAUAUUAAUAUCUCGUCACUUCGCAUUUCACUUAACGUGGCUUAUGCUCAAAUUGAGCACGAUGAGCCACACGGUAAGAAACAGGUAGGAUACGCUAAAUCUGAUUCUCGGGACAUUCGUUUGGGUGAGCAGUACGAAGUUGAGGUGGGCGAGCUGCAUCUUGCAGGGAGUUCAUGUUCACUCAGUACAAAAUAAACGACUUCAGGGCACCUUACCGAGCCACCUUUUCUUCUUAUGGUUCCCAUACUGCUUUACUUGUAGGGCAUACUUGUACUGCAAGCGGGACCUUCGAGAAUUGUCCCGUGGUUCCUUUUAA